AUGGGGAUUAAGAGUGGGUUGAUGCCCUUUAUAGGGUUGGAUGGAACUUUUUUGAAAGGGAAAGUUAAGGGUCAGCUCUUGGUGGCAGUUGGUCAAGACUCUGCAAACCACUUUUAUCCAUUAGCUUGGGCUAUUGUGGAUAAAGAAACAAAAGUCACAUGGAAGUGGGUGCUUCCUGAGGCACACCACAGAUUUUGUGUUAGACACAUAGAAGCAAACUGGUGCAAGAGAUGGGGAUCUGGGGAAUACAAGAAAUAUCUGUGGUGGGCAGCUUGGAGUACCUAUGAAGAGGACCUCCAAGAUCAGUUGAAGAGUAUGAGCCAAGUGGAUGAUGAUGGUAAAGCUGUUGUUGAAGAUCUGUUAAAGUAUCCAGCUACCUGCUGGAGUAGGGCCUUCUUUGAUACUACCUGCAAGAACCAGUCAGUGGAUAAUAACCUGACUGAGUCCUUCAAUGCAUGGAUAUUGCAAGCUAGGCACAAGCCAAUUAUAAAGAUGUUAGAGGAGAUAAGAAUCAAGGUUAUGAAUAUGUUGAAUGAUAAUGAAGAUGAAGUGAUGGGGUGGGGAAGUGAGUACAGUCCUAAGACUCUAAAUCUAUGUAAUCAAUUCAUGAGGAUUACACAAAAGUGUCAUGUGAAUGGCAGUGCAGACCAAGGUUAUGAGGUGACAGAAGGUAGUGAUAGGCAUAUUGUCAAUCUGGGGGCAAAAAAUGCACUUGCAGGACAUGGGACCUUUGUGGAAUCCCAUGUCCUCAUGCAAUAUGUGCCCUACUGUACAAGAAGGUUGAUACUCUGA